UCUGGGUCGGUUCGCCGAGAGUAGGGAUUAAUACGUCGAUGUCUAGCUAGCUGUGUGCUUUCUACUACCAAGGGCAAGGGUAAGAUAAUGUUGUGCGUGGUAACGAAUCGCUAAUGUUGACCACAGCAAUUGUUGGCUGAUCAAAUGCGUGAGUACGUAAGAAAAAAGAUUCAUUCAGAAAGGAAAAGAGGUUUAUGUUAACUGCAUUUAGAAAACCAAUUAAUGAUCAUCCUGUCAGGACCACUGAAAUGGAGGAUGAAGUUAUUGGAAAAAGUGUAGUGUGAGGUUCGCCCCGAUCUUCAAAGUGAUCGUUUGCCGGACAGGCUUAACCAAGUGGCUAGCGGGAAAGGCGAAGCCUCUAGCGGCUAAGGGGCCGCAGUGUGACGCAAUAAAAUAAAGUUUGACAGCAAAAGAAGAAACAAGUGAAGAUUAUCUUUGCCUGUGCGCGAAGUGACUUGUUGCAACAGUUGUCCGGUGGGGGUGGGAAGUUUUGGCCUAGCUUCAUGUGACAAAAGUGCUGGUCGUAUACGGACACCUCGUUUAUUUCGAAAGCCGAGGGUGGCGGUGCGGAUCGCAGUUGAUAUUGCGGUGAUAACUGGUUGAUACUUAGUUGAUAUAAGUAUAGGUGAUUACCAUUUGAGUUAUCCGUUUGUCUUGUCUGGUGUGCUUUUGUUGUGGUGAAAGUGCUGUGCUCAAAGGAGGAAGAAGAAGACUAUUAUUUUUAGAACUGUGGACUUAGCAACGUAAUGGGGGGGAGCUCUGCCCUAUUUCUGCUUGGAGUUCUAGCGCUCCUUGCGAAAGUGGCAUCUUCAAAAGCGGCACCCAGCGGCACAUCGGCCGAGCUGUACAAAUUAUACCAGGACAGCAGCAGCAGAGAUCAGAGCCCACUUCCGGCGGGCCAUUUCGACGCCGAUGUCUGGGAGUUCUCAGAAGAAGAACUCCAAGCGGACGAGACGGACAAUGAUAAUAGCGACAAAUUUAGGCAGCGAUGCCUCAGCGGCAAAUGCAACCUCUCUAGUCUCGACAGUCUCACAAACGGUGACGACAAUGAAGACCAGCGUGAAGGUUGCCCACAAAACAGGGAAGAAGCUGCCGCGUUGGGUCGAUCCUGUCUGAGGAAAUGUAAAAGCGACGAGGACUGUAUAUCGUCGAAGAAGAAGUGCCUCUGUGAUGGACUCUGUGGCUGGAGUUGCGUCAGACCUGAUCUAAAUUGUGAUGAGUUGGAGCCCAUACCAAAUGGGAACUUUAAAGUGACCGGCGACUAUUUUGGGGCUCGGGUUUACUAUGAAUGCGCAGAGGACUAUUGGAUGUCUGGACCAAAGGAGCGAAUGUGCCAGGGAGAUGGCAAAUGGAGCGAUAAACUCCCUGAAUGCAAAAAGCAACCGGCAUGCAGCGAACCCCCGAGGGUCCCCCACUCGAGAAUCAACACAACAUCCGAAGAUGCCAAUGAUUUUCCCAUCAACUCAACGAUUCGUUAUUCUUGCUUUCCGGGAUAUGAAGCUCGUGGGUUUGAUAUAGCAAAAUGCAUCUUUUACAAUAAUUCAGCCCAGUGGUUUGGACCUGACCUAAAAUGUGAACCGAUCAACUGCGCAGCUCCAGAAAAAAUCGACAAUGGCAAGAUUGUCGGCUCGAGUACUAAGUUCACUUCGUCGAUUAAAUAUGAGUGUCACGAAGGCUACGAACUCAUUGGUCGCGCGCAUCGCUAUUGUACUUCAGGAGCCACUUGGAGUGGCACAGCGCCGGAGUGCCGACCGGUCGUAUGUCCGAAACCGACUAAUCCAGACAACGGUCGGGCCAUAUUUACCUCGUUAACGUAUGGAUCGACGGUCACCUAUGAAUGUCAUCACGGCUUCACCAUCAAAGGACCACCGAGUGCUCGCUGCAACGCUAAGCGUGAAUGGCAUGGCGGACCUUCUACCUGCGUAGAGAUCAACUGUCAGAGCCCGGGUGUGCUAUACAACGGCUUCGUAGAGCUUCGGAGCACAAAUCUCAAUGCAAAAGCCACAUUCCACUGCCACAAUGGGAUGAAAUUCGAAGGAGACUCUACCUUUGCCAUUUGCAUGGAAACAGCCAAUUGGUCACAUCCACUGCCCAGAUGUCUUGCUCCGUGCAAAACCCCAACGGUAGAGAACGGCCGGGUAGUCUCGCUUGCGCCGUCGUCCCUUCUCGAGCACGGCCAGUCGCUGAAUGUGACUUGUACUGAGAACCACGAACUUAGCAGCAAUCUCUCACAGCUUUUGCAACAACAACAACAACCCAUCUGCAAUAAUGGAACAUGGACGCAUCUGCCCCGAUGCGUUCCUGCCAGGUGCAAAGACCUUCCGCCACGACCUGCUAACGGGAUUGUUAUCGCUCCGAAAACAGAACACGGAAUGAAAGCCCUUUUUCAAUGCGACGACGGCUUCGAUCUGCUCGGUCCCAAUACGACAACUUGCCACUUCGGCAAUUGGACAAACCCCACUCCGCUAUGCAAAGAAGUCUACUGCCCAUAUCCAGGCGCCAUUGAGCAUGGUCGCGUGCUUCUCGUCGGCAACAUGGGCAUGUACGACUAUCGGCCUUACGUGCGCCGAGUACGUAACAACCGUCAGAUCACGUUCGAGUGCAAACGCGGUUACGUGCUUGAGCACAACGCUCCGGCAGGAGCGACAUGCGUAGACGGUAUCUGGAGCCCCACGCAACUUCCGCACUGCGUACCAGGCUCACAUCCUCCUGUUCGGCAAGUACGUAGCGUCGCGGAACAACCAGAAACGUUAAUGGGUGACGCUGAACUCCGUGAGCGCCUCAGACAACAUCGCGCCGGAAUUCGUGAGGCACUAGUCGUAAUGGCAAAGCGCGUUCGUCAUCGAAGACAUCGACGAAAGUCCGGUCGAUGUCGUUCACCAAUCGCUGAAGAUCUCAUUGGUGUUGGAGAAAUUCGCGAGGUAACUGCUGAAGGUUUCCCGCAUGGCGCUACAAUUCGCGUCGCAUGUCUUACUGGCUACGAAUCUGCGACGGCCAACGGAACGGCUAGGUGCGUCGAAGGACGUUGGCAACCCAAGGAACCCUUCUGCCGACCCUUGUCCUGUCUACUACCUCGUAAGCUUCACAUGGCAUUCCGGGACAUAGACAAUGAACGUGAAGCAGCGCCUGGCGCACGAAUUGAGCACGAUGGCAUCGUGGCCGUCGGCUGUACACCUGGGCACACACUUGAAGGUCAACACGAUUUGCAGUGUUCCUUUGGUCUAUGGGAUGCCGCAGUGUUUCCUGAGUGCGUACCUGAGCCGUGUGAGCUUCCAGUGUUAGAGAAUGGCUACUACCUAGGUGGCCUGAGAGCAGGUGAAUCACUUUCGCACGGGUCAUCCGUUGAAUUCGAUUGUGAGAUUGAAUUUCUCAAGAAUUCACCAAGUAAACCAAUCAAAUGUUCGGAAGGACAGCUCGUACCCGGUCCUCCAGUUUGUCUGCAUCUCGGCGAUCUAGGAAGAGAAGAGCUACUUCGUCGCCGCGAAUGGGCAGCCGCGGCUGCCCGUGGAACAGGUGACAUCAGCGGAAGACGGAGCUGUUCGACCCCCGAACGAAUCCACCAGAGUCUCGUUUUUCCUUCGGAGCAAAAUCUGGAGAAAACAGCUAAAGAUAGUCUCGUCAAGACGGAACUCUCAUCGCCGACCGAGUCACCAUACCUGGCCCCGUCAGACUCGGACUACGUUGGUACGCUUCAGUUCCCCCACGGUACCGAGGUAGUAUUCGAUUGCAUCGAAGCUUCUCCCGGCGGUGAACGAAACACUUGGAAACUACUCUGCGACGAUGGUAACUGGAUUGGCCGACCAGAAAAAUGCGACUUAGGGAACUCUGCCGUUCCAAAAGAGCUUCGAGCCAAUAUGUCGUGUUACUAUCAACCGUCCGAGCAGCAUUUGUUGGCAUUCGACGGUGAUCUUCCGCUGGCAACUGAUGAAGUGCAUGAAUUUACCCCCGGCUCGUUACUGACGUUCCGCUGUGCGGAUAUUGGUAAAUACGCGCUGAUAGGCAGCGGAAGCAGGACGUGUGAGUACGGUGAAUGGACGGGCGUGAAGAGUUCCUGCAUAGGUCUCAGCCAGGAACACGACUAUGCACUGGAGAAGCCGCCGACAAUCCUGUUUCGUCACUCAAUGGGGCCUGUUGCUCAAAGCACAGAUGGAAAGCUCAUUGUCUGGGAAGGCACUAUCCUGCAUCUCGAGUGUCUAUGGUUACGAAAAUAUGGGACACCAAAAUGGGAGAUCAGUCAUCAAAACCGUCGGUAUGCGGAGGGAUGGACCACGGAGCCGGGUCGAGAUUCACAGCUUGAGUAUCGCUUAUCUAUCUACCAUGCUCGUGAAGACGACUCUGGACGCUACACAUGCGUCACCCCAAUGGGGCACAAGCAUACCGUUGAAAUCGUUGUUAAAUCGGUAACAUGCCCUUCUCUCUUCAAUGGCUCCAACGAGUCUCCUCCGCUGGCAUCAUCUGGGUUCUCAACGGUCGGAACACUUCUUGUUAGCCAGAACGAUACUCGAAUGGGUGCUGUUGUAGCAUUCAGCUGUCCUGAAGGGCAAAACCUAGCGGGUGAAGCUGAAAUCGAGUGUCUACCGUCGGGUCGAUGGUCAUCCGACGUACCCUAUUGCAAAGUUGCUGUCCCUUGCACAGUGACUGAGUGCCGUGACCUAUCGAAGUUGGACUCGGACCUGCUCAUUAUCGAUGUGCUCAGUAACGCGGUAGGCGCCAAGGCGACGUUCAGCUGUCCACAGGGCUACGGACUGCGGGGCGAGUUCGAGGCGGAAUGCUUAGAAAGCGGUUUUUGGUCAGCGGAUAUACCUCACUGUCAAUCGGUUUCAUGUCAACCUUUGGAACCACCUGAGGAUGGAUAUAUUCUUGGGGCCGGUCCUGAAACAGGAACUGGUGAGGCACGAGUAUUUCGCGGUGGGGACCUUAUACAGUUCUCGUGUAAUGCCGAUUUCAUGAUGAUCGGCACGGGCAUAGUCGUAUGCCAGGAGAAUGAACGUUGGAGUGCGCCUGUUCCUAAAUGUGUUCCAGCAUGUCAGUAUCCGCCAAUGGGCGAAAGCGGAGCUCGAAUCGUGUCGCGUGUCAGUUAUUUCUACCGCAUCAAUGAAACAGUGACAUUCGAAUGUCCGCAAGGCAAAGUUCUUCGUGGGGCGGGCAUCAUUAAGUGCGUCUCUAAGGGCCAUUGGUCUGCCCCUGUGCCAAGAUGCCUCGACGCCCAGAGUCACUCGGCCUUCUCCGCUUCACAGGGACAGCAGUCGACAUUGUCGAUGCUACAGCCGACUCCUGGCGGCCAACCCAUUUCGGACGGAACCUCGGAAGUCAACUCAAGGAUAGCAAAGAAGCCUUAGGGCCGAAACGAGUAAUGUUCAUCCGAUUGCACGUUGUAGGCAGGCUUCGUAGCGUCGGCUAUCGCGAGCUCAGUUAGACCGCUGUAUAUAUAUAUAUAUAUAUAUAUAUAUAUAUAUAUAUAUAUAUAUAUAUAUAUAUAUAUAUACAUAUAUGUGUAUGCAGUGAUAGAUUCAAGAGCACCAAAGCUGAAGGUUGUUCAAUUCUGCGCCGUACAUACGAUUGAUAUAUGCACUAUGUCCACCAUCGGCAGUGAGCGUUCUGCCUUUGGAUUGAUUUGAACCUAAGCGUAGGCAAAUGAAAACAAAAUUGCCGCUUGUCUCACGCACCUCACUUACCGUACGCAAACUGGAUAUUAGCGUACCACCUGUUGUACGAAGUCACCAACUAGCUGACAUAUGGGGAUAGCUAAUUAUCACAACAUAUCGGCGCGUCGCAAACUACCUAUGAGCAUGUAUCUUGCCGGAGAAUGUCGAUACACAGUUAACUUCGUAUGGCCUGGUGUGUAGCAACAUAUAUAGGGAACACCUUAGCGCAGACUGAGCGAAGGCAGCAUCAAUAUUCGUAGCUGAAGACAAUUGCGACGGUAAACAGCAUCACUGGCAAAAAAAGUACGAUAAUAAACGCCUAAUGUCGACUGUGAGUAAACAUACUAAAACCCAAUAAAUAGGACUAUUCAAUUAGCCAGCGCGGCCUUGUACAGAAAAUUAGCGCGCCGUCGAAACAGCUGGAAGUUCGUCGGAGUCCAGUGCUGUGUGUAGCAAUUCAUUUCUAUAGGUGAGCGGUACACGGUCUAAUAACGAGCGAAUGGAACGGUCAGUUUACCCUCCGUAUAAAUGCUACAUGUUCUUGUUGCAUAAAAAGCGCUUUCAUCGAUGGAUCGAACGGACGAAAUCGGCACGACUGUCUUGUGCAACGUCGUCUACCCCUGGGGACUUUUCCUGAAGUCAGCGUAUACAAACGUAUACGUACGAACAGCGCAUAUUUGGUGCAAGAUUGUGUAAUCUAGCUAAACUAUAUGCAUGGAAGCAGAGUGACCUGAGACCUAACGAAAAGAAGCUAGCAGAACGAAAAGCACAGAAGAAUAUCGUUAGCAUGGAAGUGUUAUACUGAAGUCGACGGUUAUGAAGUACAUAUUUUGAUAAUAGCCUAUAAGAAAAAAUGAAACGCGAUGCCGCAUAAUAUAUAUACACACACGUAUACAUAUACCUUUAAGGAAAAAAUGAUGACGGUGUUACUAGUAAUUAGUAUGACGACAAAAUAAAAGAAAAUAAAACAAAAACCAAAUAACUAUGUAUAACGAAGUUAGGGUAACAGGAAAAGACGACAAAAGGAGAAGUCGGAACGAAGGCAGGCAGGCAGGUAGGCAGGCAGGCGGGCAAAGAGGAUAUCGAAAUCGAAGCCAAGUAGAAAAAAAGCCAGUGUUUAAACCAGUAGUUGGCUACACUAUUCAUAUAUAUAUAUAUAUAUAUAUAUAUAUAUAUAUAUAUAUAUAUAUAUAUAUGUGUGUCGCAGUGCCUUCAAAUCUCUAUUUCCACGAACAUAUCCAACAUAGCUCUCAGAACGGUUCAGGGCUCCAGCCACACUGAUCACUUCCCGCUCUGGACCAUACAUACGAUUCAACCAUACGUACAUAUUUAUAAAACGGUCUCUCGUGGACGAUUUAUAUUCGCGUCAAAUGCUGGAUACUUCCCACACCGCUUCAUUCAUCUUUUCGUUGUUCUUGGAUCAACUUCAAACUGUCCGCCCACGUAGUUUGCAACCCCUACUCUGCUGUACUUCGGGACGAAGACGCUACGACAAGUAAAAAGGUAACGUAAUAAAAACUCUUGGGCAAGUAGCACCCACGUAUCCGUCGAACGGUGGAGCGCCGCUGGCCAUCAGUUAUUGGAACCAAUGCAUUCUAGCUUGGAAGCCGUGCGUUGAUACGCUUCGUUUCGCGCUGAAAGCCAGCUAUCUGAUCGAACGCCUAGCGGCACGAUAUCGGUCGUAAAAUUCGAAAUAUAGAGAACCAACGCACUACACAAUAGAUUGGGCAGACAUUGCGUCUAUGCAUAAUUCGACACAUUGGCUUUGUUAAUUCUGACACUUUUCUACAGCAUAAGCUCAAGAAGCUCAAAAUGGAGUACGUUUAAUAACCGGUACGCUUAGUUAAUGAUUUCAUCUGUGGGACAGCUUCUUAGGAAUAUUUGCGGCUCCAUCAGACUCCUGCCGAGGUAUCGAUUUGAAACGAACCAUAUCCUUCGUUAUGUUCCAAAUCCCGAUUUGAUGUCACUUCAUCCAGCAGCAAUUCAACGUAGGACGUGCAUUUCCAGUUCCUUGGCGUUUCCGUCAUUGCUAAGGCAUAUGCUAACGUCUCUUUCGCUGUUGCUCUGAAAGACGAAUAUUUAUAAGGUUAUAAGUCCACACCUCAGAAUGUUCCAUUGCCUUCAUAACAACGUAGACAUUUUCGUUCAGCCUCUAAGUCGUACACAAUUACCCUCAAUGCAAUGCAUCGUCGAAGUUGCAAAAAUGUUUAUCUUCUACAGAGCUUGACGACAGUAAUAACAGAUGUCAGCUUUCUUUAACAGUAAAUUUAUCAAGCUUAGUAGUCUCUACUUUUAGCCACAAAAAACACGUUAAGAUUUCAGUUUAUGCAGUUGGAUAGGAGUGUAAUAUAUACGAUUCAGCAUAGAUUUUAAUUGUGAGUUGAUGAGUUUUCACUCGAAGCAACAGUAGAAUCAUUUGUUCUUCUUGGUUAUGAAGAUCAUCAUGAUCGCUUGUAAUUCCCGUUCGAUAUCAUGCACAGUACGUUUUGCCAAUGUAGGUACAUGUGUAUGCACUGACGAAGUCUUGGCCAUGCUGUCAUGGUAUAGGGCACGCGCCGAGUGAGUGGGCCAAAUAUGGCAAUUUCAUCGAAUGUAUAUAUUAUAUAUCACGAUAUAGAUAGGCGCUAAUACUGGUAAAUAUGGGAAAAAUCACGAUAACAGUAAUACUGGAGAUAGUUUCCCGUACCAUGAUUAUCUAUGGCGGUAAUGAACACAAUUUGACCGUAGCCACAAUUGCCUCUAUCUAUUUUAUAACAAACGCGUAUGUAAUGAAAAUGAUACAACCGGAACUGUCUCCUAAUUAGUACGAAAUUGAAAUCGCAUCGUUAAUGAUAUGUGUUUUACUCAUACGCUGCACUUAUGAUAGUAGGCACUGCACUAUUUUUUGGUCGAAAAACGAUUUGUAGGUACACGAAAAAAGACGCCUGAUUGCCAACACAAAAAUUAGGAAGCACACUUACCAUUCACAAAAAAAUUGUAAUAGUGAUAGCCAAAAAAAAAAAAAAAAAAAAGUAAAUGAAUGGAAUCGUUACUGUGGAUGGUAAGAAAACCGUCGACCUCGCAUAUGGGUCGCGAUACGAAGGACGGACGUACUCGAGACAAAGACCGAGAUCACGCAUUUGGGCAUUUUUCCCAAUGGUCUAGACACUCAACGAGAUGCUUAACAGAUAUAUUAUAUAAAAAUAGCAGAACUUCAAACUGAGAGAAUAUGCGCUGAGCGUGUACGUCUGUGUCUGUGCAAUGGUUACGGCCGGCAAAGGGAUACUAUACUACUAUGAUGAGCGUUUUUUUAAAUAAAGAAGAACACGAUA